AGCGUUGACUCAUGUGGUCUCACAACCUUGUCAAGAUCACUCAAGGCUACAUGUACACCUUAUUUACACCCAAGUCCAACCUCCUCCUUCAACAUAUACCCAUCUUACAUCCAUUUCUGAAUUCGACUUCCAAAUCACAUCUCACUCACGAACCCUACACAGUUGAUUCUCUGCGUUUCUUCUCCAAAAAAAAUAACAAUAAAAAAAAAAAUCAAACGACUCAAACAAUUCUAAUUUCUCGCUUUCUCUGUUUCGGUCUUGUCAAUUUCAUGGAGGGUGAGCCAGUGAAGCAUGUUUAUUCGGUGUGGGCGAUUCCACCGGAGGACGUGAGGGAGCGGCUGAAGAAGCUGAUGUUGGCCCUCCGAUCGGAGUUCGGUGGGCCCGAAUUCGAACCCCACAUAACCGUCGUCGGCGCCAUCAGCCUGACGGAGGACGACGCGCUCGACAAGUUCCGAGCCGCCUGUCACGGCGUCAAGCCCUACACUGCCACCGUAGAGAAGGUGGCCACUGGAACCUUCUUCUAUCAGUGCGUUUUUCUUCUUCUCCAUCCUACCCCUGAGGUAGUGGAGGCUAGUUCACACUGCACCGGUCAUUUUGGUUACAAGACCUCAACCCCUUAUAUGCCGCAUCUGAGUCUCCUUUAUGAGGAUUUAUCCGAUGAGGAGAAGAAGAAAGCUCAAGAGAAAGCUAAUGUCCUUGAUGAGAGCAUCGGCAACCUGAGUUUCGAGGUAACUCGCCUUGCCUUGUACGAAACAGACACGGAAGACAAAACUCUCAAAUCCUGGAAGAAGAUUGCUGAAUGCAACCUUGAUGCUAAUUAGGUACAUGAAUGCUUCUAUAUUUGUAACUAGACUUGCUAUUUGCUCUGAUGCUAGUUAUUGAAAAUAAUGGCAAUUUGCCGAGCCCUCUUACUCUGUACUGUACUGUACUGAUUUGGUUUUAUCAACUAAUUGGUGUAACUAUAUGUGUUUGCGUUCUUUUAUGUUAA